AUGGAACAUCAGAUUAUUCUUGAUACUUGGAGGGACAUCGUCAAGGUAUCUGGACUAACGCCAAAUUGCGCUAAGCUUGACCAGGGAAUGUUCAAAUUGAGUAAUGGUUUACUGUUCUUAUCUACAUUUCGCUAUGGCACCAUCUCGCAUCGAUACAACGGACACCACUACCUCUGUAGUGCACAAACUGAAAGGACAAAACCCAGAUUACCAGACUUCCCCGAUUUCUUUCUGGGUGGAUACGUCAUUACCAAAAAUGCCUUGUCCAAGGAGCGUGCUCGCAAAUACCAAACUGUUGUACUCACUUGGCUGGAAUCGUUUGGCCUAGGGUUUGAUCGCGAUGACAAGAAGACAUGGAAAAGGAAAACCUUCCCCGGCGCUGGAAAGGUGGAAUGCAUCUCCACUUUUCCGCAGCUCCUGAAAAGUAUAUUUGGGAUGUUAGAUGGCAAGUCUUAUAUGAUUGUCUUUGUAGAGUCAUUAGGCCACAUUUCUAAUUGUGAUAUAGUGAACUUGGAGUAA